CCUACACUCUAAUUUUGAAUGGCUCAGUGAUGUGGGUACGAAGGAGGAUGUCUCUCUGAAUGCACUGCUGCCCAUGUGUCAACUACAAUGACAUUGCGGGCCACUAGCGUUAAGUUACGAUAUUAAAAUAGAUCCGGGAAAGAAAAGAAAAAAUAAUGUGUGGGCGGAGGUUCAAACCAACGUGUGAAUCUAUAAGCAGUCUGACUGUUGACAGAAUGUGUUUGUUUAGAAUUGAUGAUUGACGAACAUUGAUUGAACUAAAGGUUUGAAAUUCACAAUGAGUAUCAACAAACCAGCUGGAGUCUUAUAUUCUGCUCUACUUUUCAUUGCUACUGUUCAUACAGCAUGGGCCGGCGUCUGUCUGUUUACAAAGUAUCCCGUGAACGGCCUGCCGGUCAAUGUGACACUAGUGGUCAACAACGUCAUUGAAAAUCCUACUUUCAAGAGCUCACAAACCAUCAGCCUACCCCAAACCUACCUCAUCUCAGUAGUGAGUGCCGCUGCAGAUGUGAACAAAGUAUUCCAAUACUCUGCACAAUAUUAUAGUAAUUUAGGCUUGAUGAUUACAGCCAUCAACAAUGUUUUCGCCAAUCAACAGAAGAGAACUUAUUGGGAAUUCAUUGACGCAAAAACCUUAAAGCCUUUGGAAUGUGGUGUGUCUACUUUUGUACCAUUCAAUGAGGACGUUAUCUUGUUUAACUUGACCACAUACUGACCACGGGAUUGAUUUCUAAAAAAAGAAGUUCAGAUUUGUUUAUCGUUACAUUGACCCCUUCAGCUAAUUAGGACACUGGAGCGACAUAGUUAUUUUAGCUGAUUUGGGUGUUUGUGUGUGUGUGUGUGUGGCUACGUUAAGAAAUACACUAUACUGUAGUUCGAUGUAAUCCUAUUUAUCACGUUAUCUAAAAAGUAAAAUAAAUAUAUUUAGACUAAGACACUUUAUUUUGCCAAUAAAUGCUCUAGCAUUCACAUUUUUAAUUAUUAUUAUUGUGACUGUUGUAUGCUUCUAAGACCAAUAUAUUUCUUCUCAAUGUAUGCACGCAGGAUGAUCACGUGGGCGCUGUGGAUGCUGCUCAAUAGAACGCGCUGUGUCCUGGCUUUUGGUAAUCUUUUCAAAGUGUGCUUUAUUUUGUGUUGCAUUGGGCGCGUGCAUCUCUCGACAUCAAUUCACAGCAUCACAGCUCAAGAUUCUAAGGUGUAAUUAAUGGCCAUUUGUUUCUACCGUGGACAUGUAUCCAGUGCAAACGAUAUUUACACGUGACACUUAAGUAAGAACGGUCAAAUGGCCAAAGUCACUGAGAAGACAUUAUGUCCUAAAUAAAUUCUUUUAAAGACGCAGAAAGUAAUGACGUCAUUUGAAUAAAUGAAAAGUGGAGUGAACUCUGCCCUCUGAGCACAAAAUUUCCUUGAAAGUAGACGUAGAUAUGUUGUGUAUGAAAAUGAAUGUAAAUCUCUGCUAUGUGGAAUACACAAUAAUUACAAACAG